UUAUAUUUUUUCUAUGGCUGUGUUGUUUUAGCGUUUGCGUUUACAGUGAGUCUUAUUAAUUCCAGGUUAUGUUUCAUCAAACUUUUGAAUUCAUGAGGAAAACAUGUCUUUUACCAACAUUAAAUACUUAAAAUGAUUCAGAUUUACAUAUUGUAAUAUAAUCGGUAUCCUUAUAAUAGUUUAUUUAAUACAAGAAGAUGAAAUUAGUUAAACCUAAUUGGGUCACACACGAUGGAUAUUCAAUAUUUUCUGUUGAUAUACACCCUGAUGGGAAAAGAUUUGCUACUGGAGGCCAAGGUGGCGAUUCUGGAAGAGUUGUCAUAUGGAAUAUGGAACCUGUAGUAAAUGAAGCUGCUGAAUUGGAUCAAAAUGUACCAAAAAUAUUAUGUCAACUAGAUAAUCAUCUUGCAUGUGUAAAUUGUGUCAGAUGGAGUAAUAAUGGUUUAUUAGCUUCUGGUGGUGUAGACAAACUUAUUAUGAUAUGGAGACUGUCAGGUGGAUCUGGUGGAAGUACUAUAUUUGGAGGAAAAGCAAGUGUAGAAACUUGGCGAUGUGUAGCUACAUUGCGGUCCCAUGAAGCAGAUGUUUUAGAUCUUGCAUGGGCUCCACAUAGUCCAUGGCUGGCUUCAGCUUCUGUAGAUAACAGUGUAAUUGUAUGGGAUGCAUCAAAAUUUCCUGCUAUUGUAGCUGUUCUAAAAGGUCAUACAGGCUUUGUGAAAGGCAUUACUUGGGAUCCAGUUGGAAAAUACUUAGCAUCACAAUCUGAUGACAAAACAUUGAGAGUAUGGCGUACUACAGACUGGACAGAAGAGGCUUUAAUCUCUGAGCCAUUUGAUGAGUGUGGUGGAACAACCCAUGUUUUGAGAUUAUCCUGGAGUCCAGAUGGGCAAUAUUUGGUAUCAGCACAUGCAAUGAAUGGUGGUGGACCUACAGCACAAAUAAUUGAAAGAGAUGGAUGGACGCAAGACAAGGAUUUUGUUGGUCAUAGGAAAGCAGUUACUUGUGUUAGAUUUAAUGGAAAUAUUUUACAAAAGAAACAGUCAGGUUCUUCUAAACCGCAACAAUAUUGUUGUGUUGCUAUAGGUUCUCGUGAUCGUUCUUUAUCGGUAUGGCUAACGUCUCUUAAAAGGCCUUUAGUUGUGAUACGUGAAUUAUUUACCCAUUCUGUUUUGGAUGCAAGUUGGUCUCCUUGUGGUCUCAGACUUGCAGCUUGUUCUUGGGAUGGUUCUGUCGUAUUCAUUGAAUUUACUCAACAAGAACUUGGACAGCCGUUAGAUCCUGCUGAACAAAGUAGUCUUCAUGAGCGUUUAUAUGGAAAACCAUUAGUCCAAGGAGGUUGUAUGGUCAUGGAAGCUCCUGAACUUUUGAAUUUGAAACCACCAGCACCUCCUAGCCAACAGCAAGUUCCUUCUACAAAUUCAGUUCCAGCACCUUUAAAUACUUCAACUACGCCAGCUAAAGGUCCCAUUAACAAACAAAUUGAAACGAGAACAUCUGAUGGUAAAAGAAGAAUUACUCCUAUGUUCAUACCACCACCACCUGAUAUAAUGGAUACAGCAAUAAAUGGUGGAACUACAGUACCAACAUUUACAAGCAAAUCGCAAACAAAAAGUUCGAUUGUAAUAGAAAAACGUAACGAUGUCGUUACACCUAAUGUUACCUCUUCGGUAAAUUCUGCUAUCAUAAAUACACCAGCUUCAUCACUUACUUUAAAACGACGAGAACAAAGCAGUCCAAAAUUACACCACUUGUCACCAAGUAAAAAACUAAAAAUUUUGUCUGAAAAAGGAGCAGGCCAAAUUGUUCUUCCUGCAUUGAAACCGUCCAAUUCAUUGUCUCAACAAGCUGGACAUCAUGCAGUUACAAUCAGUAAUAGUCAGGGUUUAGCUCAUUUACAAGUAUUUAGAGGUACAGAUUCAGAACCAACUUGGGAUCUUUAUUUGGGUUAUAAUGCCGUGGCACUUGCUGCCUCUUCAGCUGUCAUAGCUGUUGGUUUAGAAGAUGGUAGUUUACAUACUUUUCAUCCAGUCAAAGGAUCUCGAUUUGCACCUCCGUUAGCACCACCUGCACCAUUAGCAAAAAUUCAUGCUGUUGGUAAUGCGGUUAUGGUUAUAUCAACCUGCGGUGAUGUACGAGUAUGGGAAAUAGGUAAUACAUGCAGAAUGAUAGUAUCAACUUCAGCUGCUCAUUUAGCAGCACCAGGAACAUCAAUAUUGUCAUGUACACUUUAUAAUGGAAUGCCACAUUUAGCAUUUACUAAUGCAAGAGCCUAUAUUUACCACAAAGAAAUGGGAACAUGGUUGUUAAUUGGAGAUAGUCACGAUCCUGUAUGGCGGUGGUCUUCAUUUAAUGCAUUAAGUUCAUCUGGUAGUAGAACUCCUCGAGGACCAUUGUUUUCUCUACAGGAAGGUUUACUAAGAACUGCUGGAAAUGUUUUACCUAAUCCUCGAUUGGCACAUACUGCUCCUAGCAUAGUGUCUUACAUGGAACAACAGUUAUUAGCAUCUAAAGCACUCGGCAGUGCACAAGAAUAUGUUCAUUGGAUAAUGGCAUUAGUAUCAUUUUUAUUAACUCAAGAUGGAUUGGAGAAGCGUUUAAGAUUAAUUUUAGAUGAUCUUCUGGGUCCAAGUCAUACAUCAGCAUCUAAAAGUUCAUCAUGGGAUCCCAUGAUUCUAGGAAUAAAAAAGCAUAAACUUUUGGGAGAUAUAUUGAAUAUUGUUGGUGGACAUCUUCGUUGGCAAAGGCUAUUUCUUGAGUAUACAGAACAGUUAAUGGCAUUAAAAAAUCAGAGUACAUAAAAGUAAGUGAAAUAUUAAACAAUAAAUCUUGCAGCAUAAGUUCUAGCUGAUAUCACAUCAGAUACUUUUAUAUUUUUAUGCAAUGAAUAUGCAUUUGUACAGUUUUUUAUAUUGAUGUGAUAAUUAAUGCGAUGUGAUAAUCAGUAUAAAUUUUCCUAUGAUAAGGAAUAAAUGCAAUUUUUCAUAAAUACCAAUUUGUGUUUUUCUAAACUAUUAGGACUGUUUUUAUAAAGUAAGAGAGAUGAAUAUGUAUCUAAUUAGAUAAUCAAUUGCAACAAGAAAAAAUAUUAUAUUCAAAGAAAAAACAGUUAAGCACUAGGCAAAUGAGUAGAUUAGAUAAAUGUAGUUCAAAUAGGUAAAACUUAUAAUAAAGAAUGAAACAUGACGUAGGAUGGAGGUAUGAACAAAUAUUAAACGGAAUAAGGACAAAUCAGUAUUUAUGUAUUUAAUUAAUUUCUCAUUAUUCUGUGCGUAUUUAUCAUUACGCAUAGUCACAAAUUAUAUAUUCUUUAUUUUUUAUGAUAUAAUAUCAUCUUAAAGUAUUAUUAAAUAAUAUUUACAAAGUUUCAAUACAGUUAUGACCAAUUGCAAUGAAGUAACAAAUUUGAAUAUGUAGUUUCUAUAUAUAUUUAACAUACUGUCUUUCAUAUUAGCACCAUUAUUUAUCGUAAUAUUGUAUCAAAAUCAGAUUUAGACAUUUCGUGUAUCGAAUUUGGUAUAAACAUAAAGUAUAAAAAUAAAAAUUCGGCAAAUCUUACUUAAUUUAUCCUACAACAAAUAUGCAUAAUGUAAAUAGUCUGCAUUUGUGUAAUUUAUGCAGGAAUAAUACAAGUACUUCAUACAGAUAGUUCAUUUCUUAUGUUUCUAUUAAAGAAAAGAACAUUAUAUUUUAAAGGAAGCAUUAUUGCUAAGUAAUUGUGUAUUCAAAAACCAUUCUUGCAAUAAUAAUGUGAUAAUCUUUAUUAUCAAUAUAUAUUACUUUUUUAGUUUAAUUUUUUAUCAUAAAUACUAACAUCGUCAAUACUAUAGAUCGCUGAUUUCACUUUUAAUCCUUUAUAAAUAUUUUAUUCAAAAUACUAUUAUGUCACAAAUGUUGCAAUCUCAUUAAUAGUUUGUAACAUUCUAAAGGAUUAUAUAGCCAAAGAAUAAAUUAAAUCAUUGACGAUAUACGAAAAUCGUGUGCUAUAAUGAUAUAUACAA